AUGGACUUCGCUCCUUAUCAAUCCUCGCCGCCGGAGCAUUCCCGCGUUGCAUCUCCAGAGUAUGCCUCACCGCGACCAUCCUACGAUGCGAGACGAUCGUUUUCGCCUAUUGCCUCCCCUCCCCCGCUUCAACACCCACAACCACAACGAGGAUGGAGCAAUUUCGAUGGCCAGUCAGCCGGUUGGGCGGCCAUUAGUCCAGACAACCGACCUUUUAGAGCAUCGAGCACAAUGCCAGGUGCCUUUCCUGUGGCUGAAGUCAGCGAGUUUGAUACAAGCUUGGGAAUGCGUCUCGACUAUGAGGCAUGUCUAGCAUAUGUCGCUUUUCCACCUGUGGGUGCGAUUGUUCUGCUUAUACUGGAGCGAAACAGCGACUACGUCAGGUUUCAUGCUUGGCAAUCGGCAUUAUUAUUCACAGCCAUCAUGGUCUUUCAUCUGAUCUUCUCAUGGUCAGCAUUCCUGAGCUGGCUAUUCUUCCUUUGUGAUGUCGCCUUGAUCGCUGUCCUCACGUUGCGGGCUUAUAAAGAUGCCGAAAUACUCGACAGAUUCGAGGUACCUUUCUUUGGUGCCCUGGCCAGUCGAUUUCUUGAUGACGAGUGA